AUGAGCUGGUGAGUAGGGGACAGGUGGUGUGUAACCUCCUAACUGCUGCCCCUCCUCCUGCUGCAGCUGCCCCCAGGGCUGAAGUGGAGGAAAUCGACUCCUCUCCUGAGUGUGAGAGCUCGGGGGAACUGUUUCAGAGUGAGAAUGCCUUCUGCAACUUCAACUUGGAUGAACUGAUUCACUUGCAGACACACAGUAUAGAGGACAAGCAGACCUUUGAAGCAGAUGAAAUAUUUGGAGACCUCAACGACAGCUACUUUGACAGCAACUACAGCUAUGACUAUGGCGGAUGCUGUCAGAAAGGGUUGGUGUGUGACCAGCAAAACAUCAUCCAAUUUGAGGCAAUCUUUACCCCCAUCCUGUACUCUCUGGCUUUGGUUCUGGGGUUGCCAGGUAACAGUCUGGUCCUGGCCAUUCUGUGGCAGAAGAAGCGGAGCUGGAGUGUCACAGACGCCUUCAUUAUGCACCUGGGUGUGGCCGACACUCUUCUGCUGCUCACGCUGCCCUUCUGGGCUAUACAGGCAGCUGAGGAGUGGGUCUUCGGAACAGGGUUCUGCAAAGUGUGUGGAGCUCUAUUCCAGAUCAACUUUUACUGUGGCAUUUUCCUGCUGGCCUGUAUCAGCCUGGACCGUUACCUGUCCAUCGUCCAUGCCGUGCAGAUGUACUCGCGCAGAAAGCCCCGAGUGGUUCAGAGCAGCUGUGUGGCCGUCUGGCUCUUCUCCUUCUUUCUGUCCAUCCCUGACUGGCUGUAUUUGCAGGCACAGAGGGACAGUAGGCGGAAAGACAGACUGGAAUGUACCUACAAUUAUCCAGCACCCGAGUGGCGUCAGGCUUCCCGCCUGCUCUACCAUGUGGUGGGCUUUCUUCUCCCUGCUGUGAUAAUGUUGUUCUGUUACUCUUGCAUCCUCCUGCGACUGCAGCGCGGCUCCCAGGGCCUGCAGAAGCAGAGGGCUGUGAGAGUGAUCCUGGCCGUGGUGCUGGCCUUCUUCAUCUGCUGGACGCCUUACAACAUCACCCUCAUGGUGGACACCUUCCAUAGCAAUGGAAGCAGCCCAAAUAGGCAGGGGUCCUGUGACGGCACUGAGGCCUUGGAUGUUUCACUUGCUUUCACAUAUACACUGGGCCUCCUGCACUGCUGUCUUAAUCCUAUACUUUAUGCCUUCGUGGGUGUGAAGUUUCGGCGCCACCUAGUGGACAUAUUGAGAUCACUUGGCUGCAGACUGAAGGGUCGGGCAGUGCCUGUGUCCAGAAAAAGCUCAGUUUGGUCUGAGUCUGUAGACACUUCCCACACCUCUGCUUUCUAA